UUCUCCUUUUGUUAUAUCAAUUUUAGUUAUUUAAAUAAUUUCUCACGUUUUUAUGUUUAAUCUGUUAACAGUGUUAACCAUCAAACUAAAUAAAUUAUAUACUUUUACACCAAUUACCACUUUAUUCUUUACUUGAAAAAAUAUGAAUCCCAUCGCGAAUCGGAUGGUUCGCUGCAACAAUUGAUAACCUCAAGCCUUCAGCAUUUUUAAUAAACUAAACAAAAUUUGUAUCUAAUAAACUACCAAUAUGUUUGUGCAAGAUCUAAAACUAGAGUUCUAUAAUGUACUUGUGGGAAAGAGAAUUUUAAUCAUUGUUAAUUAUGACAUCGAUGGUAUUUGUGCUAGCAAAAUUAUACAAUCCUUGUUUAAGUAUGAUCAUAUGCUGUAUUCGGUGGUGCCGAUCAUGGGUAUGGCUGGAAUGCAAAGAGCCUACACCGAAAAUCGAGAUGACGUUAAAUAUGUGAUUUUAAUCAAUUGUGGUGGUUGUGUUGAUAUUGUUGAUCUUUUGCAACCCGAUGAAGAAGUUGUAUUCUUUGUUUGUGAUUCCCAUAGGCCGCUCGAUGUUUGCAAUAUUUAUAGUGAUAAACAGGUUUGCAUACUUGGCGAUCCAGCAACGGAAGAAACGAUUCCCUCAUUUGAAGCAAUAUUUCGUGAGUCCGAUGGCGAAGACAGUGCUGAUGAAGAUGACGAUGAAGAUGACAAUGAAGAAGAAGGCACUACACGAAUGGAAAAGCAUGCAAAUCGUGUUCUCAAACAACGUGAACGUCGAACAUGGGAAAACGAAAGGGAUCGCAUAAUGUUUGACUAUUCCCAAUAUAGUUAUUAUGGAAGAAGUUCUGCUAUAAUACUCUUUGAACUAGCAUGGAAACUUACCAAAGACUCUCCGGAUCUAUUAUGGUGGGCAAUUGUUGGAACAACUGAGCAACUGAUUUUGGGCAAAAUAGAAAGUUCAACUUAUACACUUGAGAUCGAUAACAUUCAAAGUCAUGUAUCAAGAUUAACAACUAAAUCCUCCGAUCAAACACAAACACACAGUGCAUCUAAAAUAACAUUUGAAAAUGACUUGCAUUUAGCUCUAUAUCGACAUUGGUCGGUAACAGAAUCAAUGAGAAAUUCAAUGUAUUGUGCCUGUAAACUUAAGCUAUGGACUUUGCGAGGUGAAAAAAAACUUCACGAACUUCUGGUAGAAAUGGGUCUGCCACUAACACAUGCAAAACAAAUGUUCAACUCUAUGGAUCUCACAUUGCGUCAAGAAUUUCAUCAAAUGAUCGAAAAGCUCGCGGAAAAAUAUGGUAUACCUGAUAUUGUUUAUGGUUCUUUCACUCUGAAUUAUGGUUACCGUAAUCGAUAUUCAGCUGCGGAUUAUGUCUAUGCUUUGCUUGCCAUAUUAGAAUCCGUUAAACAUGACAAGACUCCAGAAGAUUGUUUUCUUGAAGCACUCGAUGGUCUAUCGAAAAGUCACAAAUCCAUCCUAACUGCUGGUAUUGAAAGUGCUAAACUGUUACUUUCGGCUAUAUUCCGUCAAGUGCAAAGCAGUUUAGAAGCCCAUCAGGUGCAUUCAGCUGGUCCAUUCUUUUAUUUUAUUUUAAAUGAAGAAAACAGUUACUUUUCUUAUCCAUUUGGAUUAACAAUGCUAGCAAAAUUCAUUUUAAAUGGUUAUGUGUCGACUUCAAGAAGUCGACGAGCUCCAGAAUUACCACUCAUUGUGAGUUGUCCAGUUGAUGCUGAGCGUGGACUUUGUCUUUUAGUUGGAAUACCCCCGGUUCGUGAGAAUUCGCCGAAAAGUUUUUUCGGCAAAGCCUUUGAACAAGCAGCUCAAAAAAGUAACUCAGUCAUAAGACAAGAUUUCUUUGAGCCAUCGUUAAUACAAAUUCGACAGAGUGAUUUAACUCGAUUUUUGGAUACAUUGACUGUUCUCUUGAGCUAAAAUCAAUGUUGACAACACAGUUUUAAUCUUUAAGUAGUAUUUAUUUUCAUUUGUUUUUUUUUUUAACAUUAAGGUCUAAAAAAUAAGCGAUCGCGUAUCUCUAGAUUUAAAAUCAAAAAAUGUUUUCCCCUGCAUUAAGUAGUACAAAAAUUUACAAACAAAACAU